AUGCUUGCCUCCUCAUCCCGAAAUGCACUGAAGACAGCGAACAGCAGAGCAUCCCAUGUGGUCUCGGAGUGUGGCAGCUCGCGGGGAGCUGUCCUCCGCACACGCAAAUCUCUUCCGCGCCAGCAGCGGCGAGCCGCCUCAUCUGCAGUAGCAUCGGGCCUCUUUGGCGGAGACCGCACAGAAAACACGCAAGGCUUGCGGCAUGUUCCCUGGACGUAUCAGUCCGACCCCCGCUUUCGAGGAAAUGGUGGGAUUGCCGCUGUCGCGCGCUACAACCUCGAGCUGGGGAAGUUCAUCGCACGCAAGCAGACAUACGAGGUCCUGCGACUAUGCAAAGUGAUGAAGGAUGAAGGUGUCAAGCCGGAUAUUACUACAUACAGCUAUAUCCUAGAGGCCUGUGCUCAGGGAGGACACCAGCUGGAGGCGAAGGCGGCGUUUGAGGACAUGCUCGCCAUGGGCCUGCAGCCGAAUCGCCGCCUGUUCCAUCUAAUGCUUCAAGCCAUGCGCUACUUUGAGACGGGGCAAAUGUGGGACUUAAUCGACACGAUGAGACAAUAUGGCAUCGAGCCGAACGAGCAGACCUACGAAUACAUUAUCGUUCGGUAUGCCCAGGCCGACCAUAUCGAGCUCGCGCUACAGUGUCUAGCCGAGAUGGGCCAACGGAGAGUAUCUCCCACUCUAAAAUCAGCCAGUAGCAUUAUAUCAACCGCCAGCAGACUUGGGUACGCUCGGCUUGCGCUAGACCUGGCAGAAGCAUUCGAGUCGGCGUCCGUGCGCCCACUGGAGGGCGAGGUGUGGACCGAAUGUCUGAUCUCAUGUUCCGAUGCGUUUUUCAGCGAAGGCGUUCUUCGGACGUGGCAAAAGGUUGUGCACGAGCUGAACAUCACGCCGGACGAGGGGUGCUGCAUACAGGUGCUGCAUACAGCCGGGCGCCACGGCUUGUCUGCGCUGGCUCUCGACGUCCUGCAGGUCCUGAAGCGCAUCGGGACCUCCUGGCAAGAGUUCCACUUCGCGCCCGUCGUCGAGGCGCUCUGCAGCGAAAACAGGAUCAAAGAGGCGCUCGCCAUGCUCGACUUGAUCCGCAGCCACGACAUCGCGCCCGUCGCGGAAACGGCGUUCCCCAUCUACAAGGCGAUCGGCGGCAACGUGGACGCCAUCGACGAGGCGUGGGUGCACCUGGAGACGUUGAAGCAGGAGGGCAACACCGUCGACGUGACGGCGCUGAACGUCGUCAUCCAGGCGUCGAUCGCGCUCGGCGACCUGCAGCGCGCCAUCGGGUGCUACAAGGCGUCCGCGAGCCUCGGCGUCGCGCCGAACGUCGACACGUUCAACCUGCUCCUCGCGGGGUGCAUCGCGACGCAACACCGCCAGCUCGGCGACCGGCUGCUGUCGGAGAUGAAGGAGGCGGCGGUCAAGCCCGACGUGCGCACGUACGAGCGGCUGAUCGUGCUCUGCCUGACGCAGGCGAACUACGAGGACGCGUUCUUCUAUCUCGAGGAGAUGAAGGCCGAGGGCCUCGUGCCGCCGCUCGCGGCGUACGAGGCGAUCGUGCGCAAGUGCGUGCAGGUCGGCGAUGUGCGGUACAAGCUCGCGGUGGAGGAGCUCGAGCACUGCGGGUACGAGCUGUCGGAGCGCAUGAAGGUGUUCAUCCAGUCGGGCGGGUCGCAGGAGCCAGUGGAGCGCCGCUCGGGGCGGACCUCGACUCUGGCUGCGAAUACCGUGCGGGCCAAACGUCGUGUGUUCUUGGAGGGCACGGAUGGUGCGGAGAAAGAUGCGGAGGACAUGGGGCGUCCGGACCGCGUCUGA